AUGUAGAAUCAAAUUAAUAAUCAGGGGAUUCUUUUAUAACAAAUUUCAAACAUCUUAUAUAGUAGAAAUAACCUUUAAAACUGGAAAUUAUAGAAUAUAUCAUACACUUAUAAAGAUGUUGUAAUCUGCAAUAAGAAAUUAGACAGAGACUGUUUAUAUUCAUAUUCUUACAUUUUAAGAUCUAGAGCAAAUCAACAUUAAAAGACCUAAAUAAAAUUAAUAAUAGACUCUAUUACCAAAAAAUAAACUUAUAGUUAUAUCGUUGAAUCUGAUGAAGUUCAUUAUCCACUACCUCUUAAUUAUAAUGAGUAACCUAACAUCUAAUAAAUGAUGAAUACAAUUAUAAAACUAAGGGAAGAAAAUUAGCCAUAAACUAAACAAUUGUAAACACUCUUAGAAUCAAAGAAAAAUGAAUAUAAUCCUUUGAAAUUAAUAAAUGAAUAGAAUUAAGAAAUAUAGUUUUUAAAUAUCUAUUAGAAUAAUAAGAUAGAGACUAUUUGGAACUAAAAAACUUUUACAUAUUAAUAGACUACUAAAUAGGAUUAUAAUGAAUUGAGAUCAAAAUAUUUAUAAAGUUAAAAUACAAAGCUAAAAUAACAGAAUCUUCAUUUAGACUUAAAUCAAAUUCAAAAAAAACUAAAUAAAUUCCAUUUACUAAGUCAAACUUAUCACUUAAAACAUCUGAAAAAUAUUAAUAAUCAAAUUUAUUUAAAAUGUAAAAGGCUUCUAUAAUAAAUGAUCUAACAAAUUUGA